CCCCCUUCAAGUAUCUGUCUAAAUUUGUGCGUCGGCUAUCUCCACAGUGGCCAUUGUCAUGAAGUACUUCAGCCUUGCUACCACCUUGAGCAUAACGACCCUAUUCCGGAGUUCGGUACAAGACUGUACGCAAUGCUCAUCCAAUCAGCCUACUAUAUCUGCGCCACAUAAGAACGUUUGGCGUCCACUUUCUGCAGAGGAGCAAAUCGCGGUCUCAAACGUCGUCACUCAAAAGCUAGGGGUCGAUCCUAAUCCGGCACCAAAUUCCACUGCAACGAAUGCACUGGGCGUGGGCGGAAUCACUCUGCUUCAACCGAAUAAAUCCAUCGCUCUCUCAUUCAUUGACGGUAAUGACGAAGAGCCAAGUCGAUUCGCCCGUGCUACAGUUUUGUUCACUUCACAAGAGGGACCCUUUCGUCAAGAGUAUUUAGUAGGACCUCUGCCGGCUACCAAUGCAACACCAAUUGUACCCCUCACGUACCCGUUCAACAACGAGCAGCCGGGAAAGAGCAGGUCGCCGUACUUGUAUGCUGUCAACACUACAAGCGACUGGAUAGCGUCGCUCAGUAACGAAAUCGCCAACAUCACCAAUCAGAUAUGGAAUUCGACGAUACUAGAAGGCGGUAUUGGACCACGUCUCGGGAAUGUCAUCUGGGAAGAUGACGGCACCCAAUCGCUUUGGAUUGCACUUUAUGGACCAUCGCCCACCGGGUUUGACAGUACUACCCUACUCCCUCUUGGUGUGUAUUUCAAAGUAGCCAUACGUAGUUUGCGAUGGCAAGAAUGGAAGAUAGACGGCUGGUACUACCGUGGUGUGUAUUACAAGAGCACAGAAGAUUUCCAAGACGCGAUCUACGCAUCUACAUUCGACAAGCCAGUCCCCAAUGUGGACGGUACCUGGACAUCGACCGAUAAGCAAGGCGAGCUACACUUAGAUGACUUGCCUCCGCCUAUUACAGUCGCAGAAGGGGGCAACCGAUUCAGUCUUGAUAAGAAGGAAAACUUCGUGUCGUGGAUGGAUUUCGGAUUCUAUCUGGUUACAUCUCCGGAGCUAGGUCUAGCUUUGUUCGACAUACGCUUCAAGAACCAGCGUAUCAUCUACGAACUUGCACUGCAGGAAGCGCUGGCUCAUUACGCUGGCUCCGACCCUGUGUUGUCCGAGACACUCUAUUUUGACUCCUUUGGGGGAAUGGGUAACUCAAUGGUCUCGCUUGUCAAGGGUCAUGACUGUCCAAGUCAUGCAACCUAUCUAGAUGCGGCGGUACCAGACGCGAUUUGCAUGUUCGAAGCCGACACGAACUACCCAAUCAGAAGACAUUUUGCCUUUGCCCAAAAUUAUACUAGCGUUGCCAGGAACGUUGCGUUCACAGUUCGCUGGAUUGCCACAGUCGGCAAUUACGAUUAUCUUUUCGACUACACCUUCUUCUACGAUGGCGCCAUUGAGGUCUCAGUUCGGGCGUCAGGAUAUAUUUCAGCCGCAUACUUCGCCGAGAAUGAUGACUAUGGCUUCAAGAUCCACGAUUCUCUAUCUGGAGCUCUUCAUGACCACGUCAUGACAUUCAAAGUAGAUCUAGAUGUUCUUGGGCGACAGAACAGUGUACAGAAAGUCAAAGUCGUACCGGCGACAGUUGAGUAUCCUUGGUCAGCUGGCAAAGCUCGCAAGACGAUGAAGCUAGAAAAGAGCUUCAUAACCCACGAAGACAAAUCUGGUAUACCUUGGGCGCCCAACGAUGCGGCGAUAUAUGCCAUCGUCAACAAGGAUUCUCCGAAUAAGUAUGGAGAGUACCCUGGCUACAGGGUAAAGCGAGCUGCUGGGGCGACCCACCUCACCAUGUCCAACUCAUCUGACGCGGGCCGAGCGGCACACUUUGCAACAGCAGAUCUAUUCGUUACAAGGCAGAAAGAUACGGAACCUAGAGCCGCAGACUGGGUCAACACUUAUGACGUGGAUAAUCCGCUCGUCGACUUCGCCAAGUUUCUCGACGGCGAAAGCUUGGAACAAGAGGACAUCGUCCUCUGGUUCAACCUGGGAAUGCAUCAUGUACCAAACACUGGAGAUUUGCCGAAUACCGUCAUGACAUCGGCCCACUCUGCUAUGAGACUGGAACCAUUGAAUUACUUGUUAAACGAUCCUUCCAUACAAACAAGUCAACAAGUUAGGGUCAAUCAUACCUCGGGGGAGGUUGAGACGUUCGACGCUCAGACCGCGAAUUGCUCGGUGAACUUCAGCACACUGAAUCAAUUGUUCGUGUAAAGAGCCGACAUAUUAUGUUUGAUGUGCCGUCAAAAGGUACCAUACGGUGACUAGACAGCUCGACCAAUGAAUUAUCAUACCACUACUGCCGGCUUGACUGUGUACCACCAUCCUGUCUCAAGAGCCAAGAGCAGUGAUAAGUUGUUGGAUACUAUGGUAGUCUAGCAAUGUGAUUUAUUGGGUAUUGAACAGCGGCUGUUUCUUCCCGCCGCACAGCGCU